AUGUCAAAAGUUCCAGCCAUUUACCAAUUGGGUCAUUUGCCCAUCAAAGACCACUGUUUUUCAGCCGACCGUACCAUUUUAGCAAUCACCAAGGAAAACUUGGUUGAGCUUUACAAAGUCGAUCCACACAACUUAUCAGCCAAACCCAAAUUAGUGGCCCAGUUGCGUGACCAUGACAAGACUGUAACUUCUGUUGAUAUAUCACCCGAUGGAUCAAGAAUCUUGACUUGUUCUCAAGAUCGUAAUGCGUCAGUUUGGGAAUACGACAAUGGCGAAUUCAAACCGACAUUGGUGUUGUUGCGUAUCAACAGAGCUGCUACUGUGUGCAGAUGGUCCCCCGAUGGACGCAAGUUUGCUGUCGGGUCUGGUGAUAGAGUUAUUGCUGUUUGUUACUAUGAGCAAGAGAAUGAUUGGUGGGUUUCAAAACAUUUGAAGAAGCCAAUAAGAUCGACAAUCACCACUAUUGAUUGGCAUCCUAAUGGUGUGUUGUUGGCUAGUGGAUCUACUGAUGGACAUAUUAGAGUUUUCAGUGGGUAUAUCAAGGGUAUUGAUGCCAAGCCUGAAGCUAGUGUAUGGGGUACCAAAUUGCCUUUUCAAACCUUGUGUGGUGACUAUACUAAUGAGACAAAUGCGUGGGUACAUGGUGUCAAGUUUAGCCCUGAUGGGGAUGCAUUGGCGUGGGUGUCGCAUGACUCUUCCAUCGGUGUUGUUUACCCACAAGGUGAAGGUUUAGAGCCAAGAUCUAUUUUGAACGUCAAGACCAACUAUUUGCCAUUCAAGUCCGUUGUUUGGACAUCGGGAAACUCUAUUGUUGUUGGUGGUUUCAAUUGUAACUUGGUAGUUUUCAAAGGCGAUGAACAAAACUGGCAGGAAGCGUAUCAAAUUGAAGAACAAAAGGACUUGACUAAGGAAACACCAAAAGUUGGCAAUGGAGAUGACGACGAUGACGAGGAGAUCUCUUCACACCAAGCUUUGAACAUGUUUAAGCAAAUGGACUUGAAAGGGAGAGCUAGCAAGCCAAGUGCUGGUGGACAUGGUAAGGCUGCAAAAGCAUUGACCACCAUUCACCAAAAUACAAUUGUUAGUAUCAAAAAUUUCGCCAACGGACAAGUGUCAACCUCGGGUAUCGAUGGUAAAGUUGUCAUUUUCAACGUAUAG